AUGUCAGUGCUUUAUGCAGCGGGGAUGGACCGCCCUCGAGAGUGCAUGGUCGGCGUUGACGUCGAUCCCGGGCGCGCGAUGAGCCGCCAUUGCCUUGUGCAGCGGGGGACCGCCCUGCAAGCGCGUGGUCGGUCGCCGUCAACGUCGAUCCCGGGCGCGGAGGGGAGCGACCUUGACGAUGGUCGGGGCGCGCGGCCUAUGGCCAUCAGCAGAGCCAUGGCCAUGCACCCGGUGCAGAACUUUAGCUUUGCUCCGCGCCGGGCACCGGAUCUAGACCCACAGCCGGACUCGUAUCGCGCUUCCGGGAGGAGUCCUACCGGCUUGGUAGCCAGGGAGGGAGGGGGACCGCCGUCCGGCCUCGACCCCGGCGCGGAGAUCACCACGUCCGGCUUGGAGGAACAGUUCCGUGAUCUCGGCAAAGCGCCCCUCUAUCGCCGAGACCAGAGGGGUGCGUCCAGUGUACUUGGUAGUGCUCGGGAUUUACGUCGGACGACCGUUCGAUCGGGUCGCACCAAACGGCUAACAUCCGGCAAAAAGAGCGACUUCGAGGGCAGACAAGCCGUUGCGCUGGGCGACAAGGCGGAAUCCGAGGGGUUCUGGUCCCUUUGACUGGCGCUUAUAAUGCGCUAUGCGAGAUGCAACCCCUCGGGCCGAUAGCUUUUUUUCCAUGACGGGCAGACGGUGAUAUGUUUGGAACGCAAAGGAGUGGAGGGGAAAGGGGUAGAUGAGUCUUCGAAAAACUAUUUCCAACUCGAGGGCUUGUCAAACCGAGCGCCAUGUUGCCCUCACCCCUACGUCUCCUCUGGUAUGGGGAGGUCACACCACAUCCCUGACCUCUCAGGGACAGCCCGCCGCCCACACCUCCCUCGCAUCAACGUCGAGGUCCGGCACCAGGUCCACAAACAGGCGCUUGAUGUCGCGCAGGCCCCGCAAUUCCGCGGUCCGAUAGGGGGUGUAGCCUAGCCGGUCAGGCAGGUUCGCGUCGCAGCGCCCGCUGGCCAACAGCACCUCGACCAGCUCGACGUCACCGGCGGCGACAGCUUGCCCCAGCAGGGUGCAGCCUACCGCGUCCUGGCGGUCAAAGUCCACUUUGGGGCUGCGCAGCAGGGCCUCCAGGACGAGCCUGGCACGGGAUCGGUCCGGCUGCCGGAUCGCGCGCAUGGUCGCCGUGUCGCCCCAGGAGUCGGGCUUGUUCACGUCGAGGUCCGGGCGCGCGAGGAGCAUCUCCAUGACCUCGACGGCCCCUGUUUUCGCCGCCUCGUGCAGCGGGGUACUUCUCGAGAACACACGACUGCUGUUGACGUCGAUCCCAGGCACGGAGAGGAGCAAGCUGACAAUGGAGGACUCGAACGGUCCAUCACCAACAGCCAUCAAUAGGGCCGUGGCCAUAUCGUCCUGGCCACUCGUAACGUUGAUGUCUCGCAGUACUUGUCCGUGCCUGAGAAGCUGCUCGACGAUUCCGGCCCGCCUGGCCGAGACUGCGCUCAUCAAUGCUGUCCGGCCCUGGAACCUCGCCCGGAGAUCAACGCGUCCGGUUUGAAGGAGUAGUGUCGCAAUCUCGUCGUGGCCUCUCUCGAUCGCGAAGACCAGAGGGGUACGCCCCGUGUAGUGCUUGGCAUUCACGUCAAGCUUGUCGCUGCGGAUCAGUUGUCGCACCAUGUCGGCAGCUCCGGCGGCAACGAAAAACGAAAGGAGUGUGGGAUGCCACUUCACCCAAGACAACACGGCCCUCUCCCCUGGAAUCCCGGCAUUCUCGCCAUAUUCCCUGACGAGCUUGGUGAUAAGGGCCCCUGAACAAGCUGGGCCCAGCAAACCAAGUGCUUCAAGAAUAUCAUCCAUCGACCCGGUUGUACCCCACCGCAGCGCAAAUGUUAAAGGUGAAAGGCCGUGGGUUACGACAUCGACAUUCUUCAGAUUGGCAACGAUUUGAGGAACCAUCCACCGUGCCUCGAGCCAACGGCGGUUGGGAGUCUGGCAAGCAUAUAGAAGUAUCACCUCUUUCGGUAAAGUCUCAUCCAAGUGCUUGAUAACAAUACCAACCCCGGGAGAAAACCACGUGAAAUACUUCUUCAGCCAAACAAAAACCAUGCGGUCGUCUAGAUUCUCAACGAAUGACCCGACACUCGCACCUCUUCCCGCGUGCGAGGUUAGGAAUCUUGUCGAAUAGCUUUCUAGCGAUGAACAUGCACCCAGGUGCGGGUUAUGCACCAGGAGGUCCUCCAAGUACUUUAGGCAGACUGAUGCAAUUUUAUCAUGAG